GUAUACAUGUAUUUUGACAAUACAAACUUUGUACAAUGGUAUGGAUAAAAUGUUAAACAUCAGACUAAUGUAAAAAGAUUUAAGCUGACAUGAGAAGAAUGAAACGAAUUUAGAAGUAGCGUUGAAUGAUGUCAGUUAUCGUUUUAAGAAUACAAAGUGUAUGUAUAACAGACCCGGAUCCAGAAAUAUUUCAUUUGGGUGCGGUGAGCGGCAACAGUUAAAGAAUGAAGGCGGCAUCGGCGAGCGGAGUUGGGUUAGGUACGGAAGGGGGUAACUCCUCAUAUUAGUCUCAACAAGUAUGACACGAAUGAUGAGUCUACAUUCAACUGGAUUACCUGCUAUGAUGUUGCUAGCUCCAAAGGCAAACAUAACAGACAAAUAAAGACUAGACUGAGAUGGAUACGACUUUAACAGAUGACAAUGAACGUUAUCUUAGACAUCUUCUACUUCUUGGACAAGCUACGCCAUUAGCUGUAAAAGCUGUUAUAAAUCAUGAGAUAUCAAAGCGCGGGAAGACUCUUCGCUGCCUUUUGCUUGAGAAGAAAGAAACAAUUCAGAAUAUUUACAAUAAGGAGUUUUCGAAACUGUUUCCGGAAGAUGAAGUGAAUGCGCAUCUCGAUUCUUGGGACAUACAUUCGAAUUGUGUUGCAGUACUGGUCCUGUUUGAAUAUCUAGCCGAAGAUAAACUUGAGGCAAUAAAAUGCAUAAGAGAUCAGAGAAAUGACUUGGAUGAGUAUGCUACCACUGCUGCACUUAGCUUCGACGAGUUUGACAACAAAUGGAAAACAUUACAUAAUGCUUUACUAGCGUUGAUCAAAGACAUAAAUGAUCAAGAUACUCAUGAAUGUAAAAGAAUGAUUCAUUCGUUUUACUCGGAAUCUAUUCUUGUUAACUAUGAGCUAAUACUCAAGAUGCAACAAACAAAAAAUGUUGACUUGCAUGUUCAAAUGGCUAUACAAGAGAAAAUAUUUCCAGAAAUACAAAGUACACUGGACGAUACUGAUGAACCGUGCAACACAGCGGAAACAAUCCCAUUUAGUUUAGAAUUCAUAGAGGAACUCAAGGAUACACUCGUUAGCGUUGGUGAACCAGCGAUCUUAGAAUGUAAAUUAAACAAAGCUGAACAAUCAGUCAAGUGGAUAAAGAAUUACAAACCGUUUGUAACAACAGAUACGGUCAAGCUUCUAAACGAUAACUGUUCUCACUGGAUGGUAGUAUCCAAGGCAAACCCAACAGAUUCAGGUCUCUAUUCUUGUGUUUGUGGAGGUAUUAGAACAUCGGCUUCUCUCACAGUGUCAGAGGACCCAGUCAAUGUUAUCCAAGAUUUAGCCGAAGAAGAAGAAGUCAUGGAAAACAUGGACGUUUCCCUCGUUUGCAAAAUCUUCUUGUUUAAAGAAAAACCGAUUUGGCGACACAACAACAAAGAAAUAAUACCAAGCAACAGAAUCAUUGCCUCUUCAUAUAAACUAGAACACAAGCUGACGAUCUUAAAUGCAACGUUUCUAGAUGAUGGUGAAUACAUGGUUGAUUUUGGUGUCCGGAAACUGAAAACAAAGUUAACAGUAAAAGGAGAUAUUGACACAUUACACCAAAAACAACUGAAGGAAUGCCUUUUUAAAAACUGGAUAAGAGCUGUCUUAGGCUUAAAGUAUCUGAAAUCUGGUCUAGAGGAUGUCUCUGAUGAAUUCGUGCAAAAUCAACAUGUAGAAUUUUUACGUAAAUUUCAAAAUGCAAAACCAUGCACACAAUGUAAUGAAGCAAGUCUUUUAAAAGGUAAAAAGUGUCCGAAUAAAUUUUGCAGUGAAUUAUAUCAACUUAUAGUUGACGAGCAUCGCUCAAAAAAGCCAGAACUGAAGAACACGGUCAUACAAAAUUGGAGCAGCAAAGAUCCCUGGAACCUUGCAUUAUGUUAUAUCAAUACCUUAGGAUAUACAGGAAAGGGCUCAGCAAAAGAAAUAGACUGUGCUGGGUUACUCAGCAUAUUCAUUAACAACAAAUAUUUCAAUGCCAGCCUUGGUAACGUUGAUAUAGUUGGACUCAAGUUAUUCAAAAAGGCAAAAGAUAUGCGCAAUGCUUUACUUCACAGUCCAAAUUAUGAACAGUCAGAGAAGCAACUGAAGCAUUGUAUAAACUUGUUCAAAAGUGUACUUGAGGUCAAAGACAUAUCUGGCAAAACACCGCUGCUAAAAGAACGAAAAGUGCAAGAAGCGAUAGUCAAUUUAAACGAGUUGCAACAGAAAGAGAUUGAUUUGCUCACAUCCGAUGAACUUCGUCAGACACUACGAGACCAUGCCAUGUCAGAAGCUGCUGAAAAGGUCAAGGAAGCCCACAAGCAGAAUAUGGUGAAGCUGCAGCAGUUGGAGGAAAAGUUGAAAUUCGCUGAGCAGGAACUUCGACUGAUGCAUGGUGUUAGAGCAGCAUCUCUUGAAAAACCACACACCAAAGCUGAAGAAGUGCCAUUCAGUUUUGAAUUACACAUAUCAGUUGUUGGGCCAACAUUUGAAACAAUGCAAGCGAACCAACGUGUAUAUCAAGCCGUGGCACAGUAUGUAGCUAAGCACAAGUUCAAACCAGGAGAGCGUAUACAUUCAGCAGACAAAUCAGUAUAUCAACUUCUUGCUUGUCUAAGCGCCAUUAAAGAUCUCCAUAUCGUCGAUAUGUUGAAAUUCGAGUCUUCCGCUGGUUUGAAAAUCCAUUGUUUAACUUGUGAAGCAACAGGGGAGUUUCUCAAGGCAUUAAAUGGAAGUGAGUUCCAGCAACAAGUAAUGAUGUUAAGAAAAUGUCUAUUGAUAGAGAAAGAGAUGGCAAAGCCUUAUGAUGUGGUAGCAAGCUGCUCGUCGGCGAGUUUAGAGGAUAUCAGAAAGCGACUUCCUGACAAAGGUAUUGACAAAGGUUUGACUAAUGUAUUUAUUUGUGAGGAACAUGAUGGCACGCACUGUGAAUGGUAUUGUUCUGAUCACGGCAAGGUUUGCUGCUUACAUUAUAAGGAUAAAUACCACAGGUCUUGUGUUGGAAUGAAACAAGUCAUUUACGAAAGAACUUAUGACAAAGAAAAUGUAAAGAGUUUAACUGUUAAAUGUAAGAGAGGGGAUUAUGAUGUGAGAGUUAAAACAAAAUUUAACAGAGAGGACAAGUGCUUUGUAAGGAGCAUUUGUGUGCUGCCAAAUGGAAAUCUUUUCCUCAUUGAUAUUGAGAACAACAGCAUAAAGAAACUAAACAGAUCGUACAAGUUAGUCGGUAAUUGUAACUUUGCACGGAAACCCUACGACAUGUGUUAUAUAGGUAACGAAAGAAUUGCUGUCAGUCUAGAGUUCUGCGAAAUUCAGUUUGUGAAAGUUUCAGGUAAAAUGAAGCUUGAGAAAUUAGUAAAGCUUGAUCAUAAAUGUUGGGGUCUGGCCUGUCAUGGUGCUACUCUCUUUGUAAAUAGUGGACGGGAAAUAUAUACAUACAAUUUAGAGUGCAAGCAACAACAAUUUCUCUACAGGAGCACGGAUUUAACAGAUGCGUACGGUCGUAUUGCUGUCAGUGAUGAUGGCAAGAGAAUAUAUGCCGUAUUUUUUUCUGGUGUUCUUAUAGUGUUAGACAAAAGAGGAAAGCAUCUGUCUACACUACAGAUAGAUGUUUCCAACCAAGUCACAGAUGUUUGUAUCGUUGGCGAUGGUUCGGUGCUGGUAUUAGAAUACAGAGGCAGUGUGUAUCAGGUUGAUUAUAGAGGUGAACGCGUACUGGGCACAGUUGUGACAGAGUCAGAUGGUCUGGAAGAUGUAGCCUCGUUUUGCUAUGAUAGACAGAGAUGUAGAAUGAAUGUUGGGUUUAAGAAGGACACUGUAUCAGUCUUUGAACUUCAGUAGAUAAGAAGUGUUUUCCUGCGUUAGUUUUAACGAUUAUUUCACGUGUUACUGGUAUAUAGAUAGGCACAUAUCACAGUGCUACCUUCUGAUCUUAAAUAUCAAAAGAAAUAGAACUAUUAUUACAAUGAGUAGUAAACCUAGCCAUCAGAGUUUGUGGUCAUUUUUCAUAUGUGUAUACGUAGGCCUAAAGUGGAAGAUGAAGAAUCCAUUGUCCAAUUUCAAAUAUAUAAACCAGUGACUACACAUACGCAAAAAGGUGUAGCUGCAGAAUCAGUUGAAUUUUUUUUGUAAUAUAACUUUUAGCAGACAUUUAUUUAGUCUGAAUUCUUGCUGUAAUGAAGCCAAUUUUAUUUUGUGAAAACUCAUUGACAAAGCACCUUAUUUCGGUUUAACAUACGUAUGAAUACUAUCUCGAUAGCCUAUUGGUAGAGCGUCCACCUCAAGCUCAAGUGCGGAAGGUCGUUGGUUCAAUCCCGGCCGCCUUAUACCAAAGACGUGAAAAGUGGAACCAUUCGCUCCCUUGCUUGGUGCUCAACAAUAAAAGGCAAACAAGCUUGUCUUUUCACAUGCCCUC